UUUCUUCUCCCGUUGAGUUGAAAACACCUCAAAUUCCUGUUUUGCUGCAGUUCGCUCCGUGAUGAUGUGUUGUUUUUAACUCGCUAGCUGCUGCUGUUCUAUCAGACGCGGCUAACGUUCAUUUUGGGGUGUGACUAUGGGGGCAUCAAUCUCCCACCUCCUUAAGCAUAACGGCCAUGAUGAGGAUGAGAACAGGCUGGCCUCUCCUGAUGACGCUCAAACUGAGGAUGGCAAGGACGGAGAUGUCUCCCAGUUUCCUUAUGUGGAGUUCACAGGAAGGGACAGUGUGACGUGUCCCACAUGUCAGGGCACCGGGAGGAUUCCCAGAGGACAAGAAAAUCAACUUGUGGCAUUGAUUCCAUACAGUGACCAAAGGCUUCGGCCCAGGAGGACGAAGUUGUAUGUAACAGCGUCAGUCGUGGUCUGCCUGCUACUAUCCAGUCUGGCUGUCUUCUUCCUCUUCCCUCGCUCCAUCGACGUGUCCUACGUUGGCGUGAAGUCGGUUUACGUCAGCUAUGACCAAGAAAAGCGCAGUGUCUAUCUCAACAUCACAAACACUCUCAACAUUACCAACAACAACUACUACUCAGUGGAGGUAGCCAACAUCACAGGGCAGGUGCAGUUUGCCAAGACGGUGAUUGGUAAAUCCCGCAUCAGUAACAUCAUCGCCAUCAGUCCUCUGGACAUGAAACAGAUUGAUUAUAUGGUCCCCACUAUCAUUGCAGAUGAGAUGAGCUACAUGUAUGACUACUGCACUCUACAAACCAUCAGGGUUCACAACAUUGUGGUCAUGAUGCAAGUGACUGUCACGACGACAUACUUUGGCCACGUGGAGCAGGUGUCUCAGGAGAUGUACCAGUAUGUGGACUGCGGAGGCAACACGACGUCUCUCAAACAGACAACCCAACCGUUCAGCGUCCCAAGUUCUGCCGAGUAACCCCCUGCCUCUGUGCUGCUCGCUGACCCUGACCUGACUCGGGCUCUGGAUUGUUCAUCUGAGGUGAUUUACUGUUUCUGCUUCUUGUCCACCUGCAGGGUCAAACCAACAAACUGCUGACAUCAUGGUGUUUACUGCAGAACCUAUACUAAGAGGGAAAGUUAUUAUAAGUCUUAGUGUCAUAUGUGGAAGCACAUUGCAUUCGGCAGAGAAGAAAAUAAUUGCACUAAAUUAAGACUUUUCAGACAUUUCAUUAUCUGUGUCUAAUUAUCAUUAUAUAAGUGUCAUAUAUGAUCCAUAUCUCAUCAUUACUCAUUAAUCCAACAUGUGAAAGCUGAAUAUUUUAACUCCACGAGAACUGUGUCUCUCCUGAUGAAGACAAAUGUCUACAAGAUUUUUAUCUCAAAAUUAGAAGAAAAAAACAUUUAAUUAUUAUCAGAUAUUUAACUACUGAGUACAAAGUCUCUUUAGUGCAGAUCAUGAAAUUACAAAACAAUUGUUUCUUAAAAAAUAAAAAAAGAAUACUAUACCACUAUAAAUAACGCCACUGUUUUAUAAUUGAAAACACUUAACGUGCCAUAACCUCAAGAAACUGCAGUACAUUUUAACUGCAAGGUUUCUAUUUGAUAAUAUUAACAAAAUAUGUCAAUUAUUUAGAUAACAUAGAUUUCACAUUUCAAAAAUAGUCAAUUGAAGUAUGUAUGUUAUGUAUAUGGAAAAACAACAAAAAAAAGCUUCUUUUAAGAUCAGUAACAUUUACUACUUUCAUGAUUCAUCCUUUUAAAUAACAAGAAAUCAGUUUCAUUAUUUUGUGAUGACAGUCAAAUCAUUACCUGACUUUUAUAUACUGUAUUAGAAUUGUGAAAUGUGCAUCACACGAGUGUUUUCUCCUUGCUGAAUGCAGCGUGCGUGCUCCACAGCGUCACACUACAUGGUUCUCUUUUACUACGACGACUACUUGUAUCCGUUAAUAUGAGAGUAUUUGAGGUUGUGAGGAUUUGUAUCUUCCACUGUUCUCUUUGGUUUUUGAGCAUCACACCGCACCUUCCGUUUUAAUCUGUAGAGUCAUAUUGAUGACUUGUAACUUGCACUAUCUAAAUUUGGUGAGAGGGAAGAAACACUGUGAGAAGUGAGGCACUUCGUAAUAGUCGGAGACUCAAACUGCCAGAUUCAGGCCCUGUAAGUUCAAGAGUAAGAAUGGGUAUCUUUAGGAUCGAUAUUGACACUUAUUCCUUACCCCCACCACUAGAGGGCAGGCUGUCAUGUUUUGAAUGAAGUGAAGGGCUCCAAAAGUGUCCUCCAUCAUUCUCUACAUCAACUCAUAACCACAAGAACAAAAUAAUACCAAUAUUUUCACCUAUUUGUUUCUUAAUGCUUUAGUGUUGACGUUUGACACCAAGUCCUAACUUAUUUUCUUUCCUCCUAUUUGCUUUUAUUUGGCUCUCACUGCUGUCGUCUUUAUUUAUAGCUACUGGAGGAAUGGGCUUAAGAGUUUAUAUAUAUAUAUUUCUUUAAUAUCAGCAGUAGUUGCAGUCAAGAAAUGAGUGUCUGAGAAAAAAAGUGUCAUUUAUAUCAGGAAAUGAUUUCCAACACUACUGAAAUACAGUAUAAUAGAGGCUAUGUGUACAAUAAAUAGGAAAAAGUAUUAUUUUACUACCAAUCAAACCAUAUUGCACUUUAUAAGUCUGUUUAAAAUGCACAUUUUAAUGAAGCCGUGGUCGUUCUUGGGCAUAUUUCCUGUCAGUCACACCCAAAUUUUUAUCGUUUGUUGGUGGGCCAGAGAGCACCGCCUCUUUGUGGAUUUCUGGCUCCUGGGAAAGUUUCUCAUAGAUGAACGGGACUGGACUCGAGUUCUUUUCAGCCUCUUCUAUCCAUCUCUGUGUUCAGAGCUCUGUGGAAAUGUAGGAAACAGAAAAUAAUGUUGUUGCGUGUAAGAAUAUUGAGUAUGCCAACAUUAGUUUAUGGUCGGUAUCUCAGUGUAGAAGUUUGUCCGUUACCAAACAUUCCUGUCGCAUUUCAGUUUGGAGUGACAAGUGAACAUUCUAAGGGAGACAGCCGAUUUAGUGUGGAAGCUUUUAAGAGGCAGUUUAAAAAGAAAUAUCUAUGUAUUUUGCAAUUUGUACACUCAGAAUCAGAGUUUUAAAUCUGGAUGUUUGCUGUUUAAAGAGUUGUGGCUUGGACACGUCAGAAUUUAAAAUAACAUUUUUAAGAAUAAUCAAUUCAAUGAAACGGGUGGAUUUCGACUGUAAAUUGAAAGUGUAGAAACGGCUCACUAUCUCACACCAAAGUCCAUAGAGAAUGUCUUUUGCUCGCAGGGACCCAGAAGCUGCUACUGUCAUUCAAGUAAAACCAGACAAAGGAUUUCAAUCACCAAAGUCAAAAUAUAACACAUUUGAAUUUGGAGGAGCGACAAGUCCUGUGUGUCGUGACGAAAAAAAAAUGCUUAUUUUUCCUUUGGACUUUGGUGUCACCCGAAAGAACUGGAACUCUGGAACAAUUUUGAAGCCUCUAGAAUCGUGAUUUGGCCUGUGGCACAUUGGCGUUCUGUCAAUCAGACUGGUGUCCUCGCUUAAGUGCCAUACUUUUCCUCUAAUUGGGAACACAGUUUACAAAAUGGACACAAAUCAGAAUUAGGGUCAGUUUCCAUUAAGAUUUCCAUUCAAACACGUUCUUUUUUUGUGGCCAGGGAAAGUUGCAGUUGCUCGUGGUGAGUAGUUUCCAGUCUGAAAAGGUUUUCUUUAGAUCUUGUCGACUUAAGCUGUUUGUUCAGUGGUUGAAACCUGUCUUUCCCUCGUGUCCCUGCUGGCAGCCAAGUUAUCAGCAAGAGCAAAUGUCCAUGUGUCGGCACAGGUGACACCGUUAGCGCCGCCAAUGCCGACUCGAUGUCACUACGUCUUUAGAGCAAGACUCAAAGGAACCCUCAACUCUCCCCUUAAACACAUCUAUCUCGUCAACUUCGUCGUGAACUGUGACACACAUUUGUCCAGUUAUUUAAAAAAAAAAGAAAAAAAAAAAGAAGAAGUAAACUUUAACUCUGGCGUGCCAGCACGUAGUUUGCCAACAAUUUCUGGUGUGACCACAACAGCUGUUUAAACAGAAAUCGAUUUAUCAUCCUGUAAAUUGUGUUUAGAGUGUCUUGAUACGAAAUGUUAAAAGGAUAGGAAGACCUAUAUAUUAGACUAAAGCUGUAAUUGAGAAAAGGCACAUUUAUGAUUUUGUUUUUGAUUUGUUUUCUCGCACUGCUAUGUAUAUUUCAACUUUCAACAAUAAAACUAACUUAAGGAUAUUUAUUGAAGGAUGAUGGAUGGAUUUCUAACAUGCACCCUUAUAAGCUUUUUAUGAGCAUUUGGUUUUGGAAAAGCUACGUAAGACUGCUACCUCUUCUGGUAUGUUUGUUAAUGUAUUCCUUAAGUUGUGACUGUUUGUGAAUAAAAUUUUACAGUAUGAUUA